AUGGACAGUGUGCUGGACCCUUUCUCUGGACUCGACUCUUUCUCCUCCCCUCCUUAUUUCGACGAUGACGAGUUUUUCACCGACCAGUCCUCAAGAGACGGACACUUGGACACUGAUGAUUUUUUGGAUGACGACGUUGACUUCCUCGCCAGUCACUUCCAAGACUAUUACAGCAAAGACGGCGGCAGCAGAGCAGCGCCUCACGAUGGAGACUACGACAUCGGCAACUUGUCAUUCUCCUCCUCAUCCUCCACCUUCUCCUACGGCUGCGCCGACAGCACCCCGGAUCUGUCCCCUCAGAUGAGCCAUCACGGCGGGCCGUUACUGAAGCGGAGGAGGCGGAUGAGGUCUGACAUGGAGAUGCAGCAGCUGAGACAGGCGGCCAACGUCAGGGAGCGGCGGAGGAUGCAGUCCAUCAAUGACGCGUUUGAGGGGCUCCGCUCCCACAUCCCGACACUGCCCUACGAGAAGAGGCUCUCCAAGGUGGACACUCUGCGGCUCGCCAUCGGCUACAUCAACUUCCUCGCCGAGCUCGUGCAGUCUGAUCUGCCCAUCAGAAACUCCAGCAGCGAGACGCACGCGCAGCCCAAGAAGGUCAUCAUCUGUCACAGAGGAACAAGAUCUCCUUCCCCCAGCGACCCGGACUACGGCCUGCCUCCCCUCGCCGGUCACUCUCUGUCCUGGUCGGAUGAAAAGCAACUCCGAGAGCAGAACAUCAUCCGCACCGCUAAAGUCUGGACACCGGAAGACCCCCGAAAGCUGCACAACAAAUCAGGCCUCACGGACAUUGAAAACGAGCCUCCUUUUGGCCUGGUGGCCUAAACAGAAACACCAGAGUUCCUCUGACUCAUUCUGUAAAACGCACAUUGUAAAUGUGAAGUGGAUUGUGUUAAUGCGCUUUUGAGAGCGCAUUGCAAAAAAAAUGUGAACACUAUGUGAGCUUAUUGUACAGUUUCCGAUAUUGUCUUCAAUGUUGUAAAUAGUUUUAUCAUGUUGAUAAUUUUAUUUUUCUAA